UUUAUUUACGAUUGUGAUGCGGUCCCUAAGUGUUGUCUUUCAAGCCUGAAAAUUUUUACCGAUUUCCAGGCAGGAAAGACCGGCCAAUGUACUUGGCUUCUCUUUUAGAGUAUUUUAUUGACUUGCUGCUGGUGUACUCACUGUUCUUACUGUCAAAUGCACUGUAACAUCCAUGUUAGUUUGAUACAUGCUGUUGGAUUUGGAUUCUUGUUCAACUGUCUCCGUUGUUUGUAUAUAAUUAGCCACUGGUCCCAUCCUGAUGCCAAACUGACUUCACACCAUGUUCAAGCCGUGACUGGAGAAAUACUGAAAAUUACCAUGGCUAAAGAAGACUUAUAUCGACCAAUCUUUACUUGAAAUUCUAAAUGUUGAGAGUCACUUCAUGUCAAAAGACGAUUGUAUUAAAAGAUGGAUGAUGAGAACUCUCAUUGUGAGCCUGGCUUUGUUCUCUCCCUAGCAGGUAAACAUGCAUGGAAGAUGGGAUGAUGGAAGGAGGCAGCCAUCAGGAGACAGCCAUUAACUUAUCUACGAGUAAAGACUUGCUGCAAUCCUGUAACGGAGAUCUUUACACUGUUGCUCGUUCAAGUGCAGCCUUACAUGCUGCUGAAAAUGGUGAUGCUUCUCAGGGACAAGUACAAGCUCUCGCUCCACAUCUGUCAAUAAAGUCACCAGUAACAGGAGCAGCUAAACGAAAGUCGAAAUCAUUGGUUGACAACAGUUCUUCUGCUGUAGCGCUACAACAACAACUAGCUCAGGUCCAAGCACAGGUACAACAACAUCAGCAGCAGCAGCAACAACAGCAGGCUGCAGUGGCAGCAGCAGCAGCUGCCGUGCAACAAACCCCUCUCAUCAUGCUGGCUGCACAGCAAGGCUUGAAUCCACAACAGAUGCAGCAGCUGUUGCAACAACAACUCCUGAAUCCGAACCAGCUGCAACAAGUUAUGCAACAACAGACGUUACUCUUGCAGCAACAGCAACAACAAAAAUUACAAGAACAAUUACUGCACCAGCUGAAUGAACAGCUGCAACUCAACAUUCUACAGCAAUCUCAACUCUUGCAACAGCAACAGCAGCAACAGCAGAAUGUGUCAGGUGUACAGUCAGGUCCCCUCCAUAGUUCGGUUACAGCAUCAGAAAAAAAUAAAAAUAGCAAACAGAUGAAGCAACGAAUGCAUGAGUUAAGUAUACAACAACAACAGUUAAUACAACAGAUACAGUUCCAACAACGGCAGUUCCUUUUAUCCCAGGGAAUCGGACUUGUACAGCCAUUUGGGGUACCUCAAACGGCUAUGAGUCCAGCAGAGAUCCAGCAGUUAUGGAAGGAAGUCGCUUCUCAGUCUGGGAUUGAUGGUUCUGUUGAUUCUAAAAACCACCUAAAUGGUAUGGCCACACUUGCCACAAGUGUGGCUCAGGCAGCUGCUGUGGCAGCAGCUUCUGUUACAUCGGCUUCUAUGAAUCCUUUACUCCAAACCUCUUCUUACCUCACUAAUGGCAUUCCUGAUGGUUACCUGUUAUCAGGUGGUCUUGGUGGUAGUCUAUUGAAUCAGUCGGCUGUUAGCAUUAAACAGGAGCAGGAAGCGUCUAGUCCAUCGCACCCACUUUUCCGACAUGGUGUUUGUAAAUGGCCGGGCUGUGAUACGCCAAAUGAAGACUUUCCUUCCUUCAUUAAGCAUCUGAACUCUGAGCACCAGUUAGAUGACAGAAGUACAGCACAAGCAAGAGUACAAAUGCAGGUUGUUAGUCAACUUGAAAUACAGCUUAUACGGGAAAAAGAUCUUCUGCAAGCAAUGAUGCAGCACUUACACAUGAAACCUCAAGUAGAUAAAUCAGAUAUUAUUCUCCCAGUACUUCCAAAGCAGCAGCCGCACCAGCAGCAGCAGCAGACCCAACAAGCUUUGCAACAGGCCCACAUGGAUAUUACAUCUCAACUCCCUUCAAUUCCUCCAUUGUCCAAUGCUUCAAAUGUCCCCCUUUUAACCUCCACACCUGCCAUGAGUUUAUCACCCACUACUACCUGUACAUCACCUCAAAUGGUCAUCUCUACUGCCCAUCCUGCACAUUCACCUGUCCAGCAGUCACCCCAGCACCAACAGCAAGCCUCCAGCAGUGUGGGACCAAUCCGUCGACGGGUAUCAGACAAGUGCAAUCUGCCUAUCUCUGCUGGAAUGCAGAGAGACAUGGAGAACGCAUUUCUUUCUUUUGUAGAAAUCCAGAGAAAUCGCGAAUUUUACCGAACAACAGACGUCCGACCACCAUUCACAUAUGCCUCUCUCAUUCGUCAGGCCAUCAUAGAAUCUCCACAUCGACAAUUAACAUUGAGUGAAAUCUAUCAGUGGUUCGCAAACACAUUUGCUUAUUUCCGGCGGAAUGAAGCUACGUGGAAGAAUGCUAUUCGCACCAAUUUGUCCCUGCAUAAAUGUUUUGUAAGAUAUGAGGAUGAUUUUGGAUCGUUUUGGAUGGUGGAUGACUUUGAGUUCGUUAGGCGCCGCCAUCUGACUCGUGGACGACCCCGAAAAUAUCACGAAAGUGACACUGCUGCACAAAACCUAUCCAUGAAGAGUUCCAAUAUCAACCAGGAUCCUUCAUUAUUUGGUGAUAACUUGAAUGCCAGUCUUAGGGCUGCACUUGGUGAGAACAACCUCUCUUUAAUUGCAAAUGGUCAACUCUCUGCUGGAGGGGUAGAUGGUGUGGAAGAUUUAUCAAUGAAAUCCCAGGGAAGCCAUUUGGGAAAUCUUAACACAGAAUCUAUCAGUGAAGAGGAAUUGUUGUUGAGCAUCAAGCAGGAACCUCCGUGUGAGAUUGAAAGUAAUGGCAUGAAUCAUUCCUCAUCGUUAUUACGCCCCUCAGAACUGGCCAUGUUGAGUUCACCAGAUCCAGGUUUAAUGUCGUCUUCAGAGACAGCCACAAUGGUUGGAGGGGCAUUAAAGAGCUCACUUAUGGUUGGCGGAGCGUCUAAAAGCUCAGUAAUGUGUAACCAUGCUAGCGAUCACUCUGAUAUGUCCCCAUCAAUUAUGUGUCCAACCUCAAACCCUUCACUUUUGUGUUCAACUGCUGACGGGCCAUCAAGUAUGUGCUCGGUAUCGAGUGAAACUGCUGCGAUGAGUCAGGCCUCUGAUCCAUGCCCAUCACCUACAGACAGCGUAGCAACCACUGAAGCUAAGGAUAGUGCCAUUGAUUUCUCAAUGGUUGAUGAAGCACCACCACCACCACCACCAACAUCAUCAUCACCACCGCCACCAUCACCAGUCUCUGCAUCUGAUAGACUAGAAUCUAAUGUACGAAAUCCUUCAUCUUCUGCUAGUCAUUUGGCUUCACAUUCCCCAGAUGCAUAACUGGUACUUAGUUCAGAUGACAAUCAUUCAUAAUUUCUGGAAACAAAGCAAGACUAGUGAUAACAACAACGAUGCCAAAACAAUUAAUAAUAAUAAUAAUAAUAAUAAUAAUAAUAAUCAUGACAAUAAUAAAAAUAGUAUCGGUGUAAAUUGUUAACAAAGACGAUGCUGGUAACAACUGUUAUUGUUGUAAUUAUAAAUAUCAUUAUUAUUAUUAUUACCACUACCACUGCUAAUUAGUACUACAACUACUACUGGUGUCAUCAUUAAGACUACAAAAAAAAUGUAAAAAUUGUUCAAUGAUGUCACACAUCGAAGUAAAAACAAACAAAAAAAAACAUUAACAACAUAGAAUUUUAAAAAAAGAAAAGCCUUCAUUAGAAUCAUUAAUUAGUUGUACCCGUCUGAGAGACUAAAGGGUUAAACUCAUUAAUUAUGGUAAAUGCAGUUCCAAAUAUCUUUUUAAGACUAACAUUUCUCCCUUUGGAAUAAAACAGCAAAAAAUAAAAAGGAACAAACCGUCAUGAUGAUGAUGAUAGCUAAAGGGAGGAAAUAAAUAUUGGGCAAAAAAGACAAAAAAUUAUAAACUUUUAAAAUGUCAUAAUGAUAAUAAUAAUAAUAAUAAACCAAAAAUGAAAGGACAAAAACAUUCAGGAAAUAGAAAGAGGGAAUGAGAAAGACAGAGAAUGUGUGUGUCUGUGAGAGAGAAUGAAUGUGUGUGUGAGAGAGAGAGAGAGAGUGCGAGAGAGAUGGUAAAUAACCGGAAGGGAGAAAGAUUUUAAAUAAAGAAUUUAUUGUGGAUUUGAAGAGAUUUCUAAAUUGGUUUUCAAAAACAAGAAACAAAUGAAUCAGUGUUGCCUCCA